AUGAUCAUAAACGAAACAAUAGUAAGUCCGAAUGAAGUAACGAGAGAAGAUCUUCUUGUCGUUCAUACAAAACGUUAUUUAUCCAGUCUUCAAUGGAGUGCACGAGUAGCAUUUGUUCUCGAAAUACCAUCAGUUGCCUUAUUACCUAAUUUUAUUGUUCAAUGGCGUGUUCUUAGACAAUUACGAUAUCACACUGGUGGAACUGUACUUGCAGGAAAAUUAGCAUUAGAACGUGGCUGGUCAAUAAAUGUCGGUGGUGGUUUUCAUCAUUGUUCAUCAGAUCAUGGUGGUGGUUUUUGUGCUUACGCUGAUUUGACAUUACUUAUAAAGAAUCUCUUUAUGUAUUAUCCUGAUCGAGGUAAUGGACAUGAACGUGAUUUUAUGAAUGAUGAAAGAGUAUUUAUUAUGGAUAUGUAUAAUCGUUUAAUUUAUCCUCGUGAUCAUCAAGCUAAAAAUGCAAUUCGUUGUAAAAUUGAAUUGAAACAUCACACAAAUGAUAAAACAUAUCUUCGUUUAUUACAUAUUAAUCUUGAAAAAUCUUUGAAUGAAUUUCAACCUGAUUUUGUUGUUUAUAAUGCUGGAACAGAUAUUCUUCAAGGUGAUCCAUUUGGAAAUCUUAAUAUUACACCUGAAGGUGUAAUUAUUCGUGAUGAAAUUGUUUUUACAAAAUGUAUUCGAGAAAGGAAUAUUCCAAUUGUAAUGUGUACAUCCGGUGGAUAUCAACAAACAAAUGCAAGAGUUAUAGCAGAUUCCAUUUUAAAUUUAUAUACAAAAAAAUUAAUUUCAUGGCAGUAG